AAUCCUCGCCCGGUAAACUAAAAAUCCCUCUAAAAUUCUUCGGUCCCUUGGACGCGGGCCCACGCCCCUCUACGAACCAGAAAACCUAAUUCUCGAUCCGAAAUGCCACAAACCCUAAUUCUAUGAACUGAGAAACCAGAAACCCUAUUUCUCGGUCUCAAAACACGGUACGCACUUCCACAGAAGGAGAAGAUAAGGAAACCCGAAAGCAAAACUAGAAGAAAGAACUCCAUCAAAGCUUUAUAAAAAGCUUUUCUGGGAAACUGUUGUAGUCUCUCUUGAUGGGUUCGUUGGAGAACACGACGGAAAACGGGGAGCCCAUGGAUCUCCCUCCAUGCAAUGGAGUGGGCGGUGGAGAUUCAUCCUUUGCAUUGGUUGAAACCCCACCAGAAAAGGGGCUUUCAAGGAAGAUUAAGCCUGGAAUUUUGCCAUUGGAGGUGGGAACUAGGGUCAUGUGCAAGUGGCGAGAUAACAAGUACCAUUCUGUUAAGGUCAUUGAGCGCAGGAAGCUCAACAAUGGCGGCCCUAAUGACUACGAGUACUAUGUUCACUAUGUAGAAUUUAAUAGAAGGCUUGAUGAAUGGGUUAAACUUGAGCAACUUGAUCUGGAUUCAGUGGAGGCUGAUGUCGAUGAGAAAGUGGAAGACAAGGCCGCAAGCUUGAAAAUGACACGUCAUCAGAAAAGGAAAAUUGACGAGACACAUGUGGAGGGCCACGAGGAGCUUGAUGCUGCAAGCUUGCGAGAACAUGAAGAAUUCACGAAAGUUAAAAACAUUGCAACUAUAGAACUUGGAAGAUAUGAGAUUGAGACAUGGUACUUUUCGCCUUUUCCACCAGAAUACAGUGAUUCUUUGAAGCUGUACUUUUGUGAGUUUUGCCUGAAUUUCAUGAAGCGCAAAGAACAGCUUCAGAGGCAUAUGAGAAAGUGUGAUCUCAAGCAUCCCCCUGGUGAUGAGAUCUACCGCAGUGGCACAUUGUCAAUGUUCGAGGUUGAUGGAAAGAAGAACAAGGUAUAUACACAGAAUUUGUGCUAUCUGGCAAAGUUGUUUCUUGACCACAAGACACUCUAUUAUGAUGUUGAUUUGUUCCUUUUCUACAUUCUUUGUGAAUGUGAUGACCGAGGAUGCCAUAUGGUGGGGUACUUUUCAAAGGAGAAACACUCUGAGGAGUCUUACAAUUUGGCCUGCAUUCUCACCCUUCCUCCAUACCAAAGAAAAGGAUAUGGAAAAUUUUUAAUAGCAUUUUCAUAUGAACUAUCGAAGAAGGAAGGAAAGGUUGGAACACCUGAACGGCCACUGUCUGACCUUGGGUUGUUGAGUUACAGGGGUUACUGGACAAGGGUUCUCCUAGACAUUCUGAAAAAGCACAAGAGUAACAUUUCCAUUAAGGAACUUAGUGAUAUGACCGCUAUUAAGGCAGAUGAUAUAUUGAGCACCCUACAAAACUUGGAGCUGAUUCAGUACAGGAAAGGGCAGCAUGCAAUUUGCGCAGAUCCUAAGGUCUUGGAUCGCCACCUAAAGGCUGCAGGCCGUGGUGGUCUCGAGGUCGAUGUGAGCAAGUUGAUUUGGACUCCUUACAAGGAACAAAGUUGAGAAUCCCUUAUCUUUUUCGCCGAAAAUUGGUUUGUGUAAACAGUGUAAAGUUUACCCGAGUAUUCUCACUUGUGUAUAUAUGUAUUAGAAUUUGAUAGAAGGGAUCAUCUUUUAUGGGUUAUGAUAUGAUCAGUUGAAAUGGCAAGCUCUUUCGAUCCAAA